GCUUAAUAAGUGUUGACACCAAACAAAGUUUAUCAUUUAGAUGUAAUAACUAAUCAUAACCCAAUGUUCCGUUAAAGUUAUCAGACUUCACGCUAAGAGAUUCAUCAAAAUAAAUAUUUAUAUUAGACUUUUAAACCUUUUUAAGCUCCAUAUUUUUUCGGGUGUAACCAAUAAAAGUUUGACUUUAAUUCCGUUUGUGUAAUGGGAAGUAGAGUGGAUGUAAAAGGAUUUCUUGAUAAAAUUUUACGCAUUGUUAUUGGAAAAGUGUGAAAAUUAGCUGUCAGAUACGAUUGUUAUUGAGGAAAUAAAUGUAAAUUUUAUAUUAGGAUGAAAAGCAUUAUAUUGGAAUGAACAAUUAGGCAUAAAUAUUAUAACGGACUAAUAUUUUGAUCGUUAUGGACCGAUUCUGUGACUGAAAUUAAACAAUAUCUGGAGUAACUUAUUAUUUCACGAGUAAUACCAAAUGUCUAUCCAAAAAUACGAUUUUGUUGGUGUUUCUACUACACAACUUCCAUAUGUCCACGGCAACUUUCCUGCCGGACAAAAAAUUGGGACUGCUAAAUAUUACACAAUGCGUAGUAUGCAGAGAAGUAAAGAUGUAAGUAGUAAAAAUACCACUGUAACGAAACCUGGAAUUGCUUCUAAAGGUCACACGAGACAACUUGUGGAUUUAAAAUUACCAGCAUUAGACAUAAAAUCUCAAAGUCAGGAUACGAAAAACUGUAUGAGCCCAAGAUUACACUACGGAAACAUUUACAAACAGAAAGCAUACUUUCGCCUGAAAGGAAUUCCAAUACGUAAAAUGUAUACCCUGAAUAGGUCUAAAACAGAGAAGUAUGAAGAGGAAGAUGACAGCUUGAAUGCAGAAUCGAGGAACAAAAGUGUAUCUUUAACAUUACUAGAUCUCAAGGAACCAGAGUCUAAAACUGCAAAUGAAAGUAACGAAGAGGAAAACGAAUAUUCUGGUUUUGAUAAUUGUGAGUCUCCAUGGACAAGAAGUCGCCUACGCGAACUGGAUGACGAAUCUCCGAUACCAGGCUUCAGGUCGCGUAACUCGAAAAACGGUCGUAAACUUGGAAAUAUUGUUUCGUCUAGAAGACUGCAGCAACUUUUGGACAACGAAGACACUUUAGAUCCAUAUUCGUUUUAUAUGUACUAGUGACAGUAUUCAGUUAAAUGUCUUUGGUGCACCCCGUAAAAUUUCGGAAAAAAUAAUAGUAUUUCAACAGUUUGUGCAAUAUCAUAUAUUUUAUCUCACGUAGUCAAGAAUUAUUCAAGUAUAUGUAUUUUAAUUUAUGUAUAUCAUGUAUUUUAUAUUAUGUAGUUAAGAUUUUCAUAAGUGUAUUGAUGCCAAAUGUAUAAAGUAGAUUAAAGGCUCAGACUAGUACAAGUAAAACACGAAUAACUGGGUAUACGAUUCACUGAUUGCUAUUAUACAUCGUAAUUGUUAGAUUUAUAUACUGUAUGAAGUUAGGCGAUUUUCCAAAUAUUGGGCAUGAUAAUUGAAAGGUUCAAUAUGUAACGACAAUCUUUAUAGAAUGUUUACUAUAUAUUGUCAAAACAGAACAUUGUAUAUA